AUGCGCAUUCGAUUGCUACUUUUUGUGGGCUUAUGUGUUGCACAGUGCUCAUGCGAAAUACGUGAAAAGAGACAACUUACAAUCGAUGAUAUUAUUUCCGGAGCGUUGAAUUUGGUUCGUCCAAUAUUUGACACUUCCAAACCAAUUGUUAAUGAGGGAAUGCUUAAAAAACCGGCUAUUCCGACACAAGACGAUAUGAGAGAUACAUCGAUCCUAGGUUCACGCUCAAGGACAGCGCUCGAUGAUUUACCAUUGUGUAAAGGGAAUAGUGGAAUUUGUCGAUUCAUUUCAUGUUCCGCUGACAAUUUCAAAAAGGAUCCCACAUUUUCGAAUCUGCAAUUAGCCGCGCAGGUUAUUGGCGAUGCGAAACUUCGAAAAACGAUCAGCGCGAACCCUGAAGCUGUUACAACGGUUUGCAAAGAACAGGGACUGGAUGACGAUCAAUGCAAGUUGUUUUCGAAAGGAUUCCAAAUCAUCGACAAAGUUAUAACAACAAUUGAAAAACCAGAUUCCAAAGAGCCGGAGAAGCCGGCUCAAACGGAAGAUACCGCGUCACCCGAAUCGCACCAGGCUCCACAAAUGGAUGACCCGUCGAUUCCACAAAACGACGAAAAUUUGAAGAGUUGGGCGGAUUAUGAUAUAAAUGCGCCAGCUCCGCCGUCACAUCAAACCGCGCUUGGCUCAAAAACGUGGAGCAGUAAUCCCGAUUCAAGAACUCUUCAACCACUGGAAAUUCGAAACGAUCUGAUUUCAAGUUGGACGCCUAUUCCAUUUUUGGCGCCUCCAACCAUUCCGCCAGCACCGCCGCUUGCGUUCAAAACCGUUCCAUCAUUCGUCCUUCCACCCAUUAAAGUUCCAAAUUUGGACAAUGGAUUUUUCUUCUCAACCGACAAAUUCAAUUUCAACAACAAAGACGACAAUACGAUCAAGAGAUUCCGAAGAGACACGGAUUAUUAUGACGACGUGAAGGAAAAGAAGCCGGAAGAGUCCGCCAUCUCUGAGCAUUCAUCUGGCACUGAUACCGACUAUUAUGGAACAUUUGACGACGAUGAAAGCAAAAAAGUGGAAGAGCCUCCAUCAGGAUUGAAGCAGUGUGUGCACCUGCUGGGAAUUGGCAUGGACUCUGACCUUUAUGACCGUGUUAGCUAUUUGAACUUGAUGAAUAAGCUUGAUGAUCGCAAGAAAAGAAUUGGCAAAUUUCGGGACGAUUCCGACGCUCCAUCUCCACGUCUUGACGCUACCGACGUAAUGAGCAGCCCAGUCGAUCCUGAUAUUAAACGUUAUUGGGACAACAGUCUGGAUAUAACUGACCUCAGCGGCCAUGAUUUCACUAUUUUUAAACAACUUCAGGGCAUGCUGGGUAUCGAGAACAUUUCUUUUGAAACUCUUGCUCGUUUCAACGUUCGAGUUCACUCUGACACCUAUGGACAGCCAGCCAUCUUGUUUCCAAGAUACCGCGGAAUGACAUCGCGACUCCGCAUUCCAAUGGGAUUGAAGCUUAUUAGAAAGGUUGGAGAUCGUAUGGAGAAGGAGAAUUACCCAUUGCCCGAUGAAACAUCCAUCCGUCAAAAGUUUAGUGGAAUCUUCGGACUCCACAUGGCGACACUUUCGGAUCGCAGUGUUGUGAUCACUACUAAUGAACGCGACGCUCUCGCUAUCUAUGAGGCAACCAAAGCAUUGGUGUUUGCAUUGCCACAGGGCGAAAUUCUUGAUCCGCUAGUGAUCCCUUAUUUGGAGGAGUUCGACAAGGUCUACUUGUGGUUUCCCGUUCAGCAUGUGAGCUAUGCAAAAGAUUGGGGCACCGCGUUGAAUGCUCUUAAAUGCCUCCUAGUCAAGAAUGAGGAGAGACCAAUUGAGCUUGUUCGUAAUGGUGAUCAUCGUCUCAUUCGCAGUUCGCUCGCAAAUUCGAUUGUUCGCGUACGCGAGCGCGGAUUCAGAUCAAUGACGGACCUUGACGUUCGCGAGGGAGUUCGCUCUGACAUUUUGAACAGCUCCAGCCGCAGCAUCGGAUUCGGACAGUGGAUGCGUUUCGCUGUCCUCAAUAAAUAUUUGGGAGGAUUGCGUCCUGGCGAGAUGACUGUGCUCACCGGUGGAACAGGAAACGGAAAAACGACAUUCCUUUGCGAAUAUUCCUUGGAUUUGUUUACACAGGGCAUAAGAACCCUUUUCUGCAGUUUCGAAAUGCCCGAAAAGAAAAUUCUGCACUGGAUGCUAAUCCAGUACGCUGGACUACCACUUCAUCGUGUGGAGUACAGCAACUCGAUCAAUUCAUGGUUGGAUAGAUUUGAGCGCUCAAGCUCGUCAUUGACAAUGUUGGACUCUGAGGAAUUUAUGGAGAAGUCGAUCAAUGAAAUCGCUCGCGCUAUUCGCAUUCAUGUGGAGAACAGCGGAAUCCAGCACGUUGUCAUCGACAAUCUUCAAUUCCUUAUUAAUCAAGGAAUGAUGGCCGAUGAGAAGUCGAGCGGACUUGACCGAUUCCAUCUUCAGGAUCGCUUCGUUGGAUAUAUGCGUCAACUUUCCACUCAACUUCAAAUUCAUAUUACAAUGGUGGUGCAUCCAAGAAAAGUUGAUGGAGACGCUGAAAUCGACGUUCAACACUUUGGAGGAUCGGCGAGAGUCACUCAAGAAGCCGACAAUGUUCUCGCCAUUCAGCGCAAAAGAGAUGAUCGCCACAGAUCGAAAUUCCGCAAAUUCCUUUAUAUUCUUAAAAAUCGCUAUUAUGGCCGUCGAGUUGAAAGCGAGCAACUCGAGAUGGUCUUCAAUCCAUCGACUUACUCACACACUAUUGUGGAGUUCCCAAAAUAA